UUGAUAGGCAAGGUGUGAGAAAGCGGCAUGGACUUCUCUUUAUUAAGGAGAGAUCUCUACAUCCAAUAAGUAGAUCUACAUCCAGUAAAUAGAGUGAUCAUCAGGCAUUACAUACACACGUACGUACACAGACUAAUUUCUUCCAUGGCCUUAUCUACAAUCUUUUCUAGUUCAUCCUCUUCUUCAAACACCUCUCCAUGGCGCUAUGAUGUGUUCUUGAGCUUUAGAGGAGAAGAUACCCGUAAUACUUUUACUGCCCAUCUGUACCAUGCUUUGAUUCAAAAGGGAAUCCGUACCUUCAUAGAUGAUGAUGAAGUUAAAAGGGGUGAUGAGAUUUCAACUAAACUCCUCCCAGCCAUAGAAGAUUCAAGGAUUUCCAUUAUUGUACUCUCAAAAAAUUAUGCAUCGUCAACAUGGUGUUUGGAUGAGUUAGUGAAGGUUCUUGAGUGUAAAAAAUCAAAGCAACAAAUAGUUUUACCUGUGUUUUACUACGUAGAUCCAUCAGAUAUUCGACAUCAAAGAGGAAGUUUUGGAGAAGCAUUGGCUAAACAUGCAGAGAAAUUGAAUGGAGACAUGAAGUUGCAGAUGUGGAAGGCAGCCCUACGAGAAGUUGCUAAUUUGUCCGGAGACCAUCUGAUAAAAAAUGGCAACGAAUAUAAAUUCAUUGAUGGAAUCGUUCAUGAGGUCUCAAGAAUAGUAAAUCAUUCAUAUAUACAUGUUGCAAAGUAUCCAGUUGGAUUAGACUACCAGGUACGAGCUAUCAAGAAUUUGCAUGUAAGCGUUGGGACAAAUGACGUUCGAAUGGUAGGGAUCUUAGGAGUCGGGGGAAUUGGUAAGACAACUCUAGCCAAAUCAAUUUACAACUCAAUUGCUUUUGAAUUUGAAGCUAGUUGUUUUCUUGAAAAUGUUAGUGACACUGCGAAUCAAGUGAAUCAAGUGCAUGGUUUGGUCCAACUGCAAGGGACCCUUCUUUAUAAGAUCUUUGGAGAUUGUAAAAGUUUGAUGGUUGAUAGUAUUGCUACGGGAAUCACUACGAUAAAGCACAGGCUUCAUUCUAAAAGAGUUCUUCUAAUUCUUGAUGGUGUAGAUCACUUGAACCAAUUAGAAACCUUAGCAGGAUGUCAUGAUUGGUUUGGUGAAGGAAGUAGAAUCAUAAUCACAACAAGAGAUCAACACCUGUUGACUACUCAUGGAGUUGAUUCAACAUACAAGAUGAGGGGAUUGAAUCACGACGAUGCUUUUGAACUAUUUUGUUGGCAUGCUUUCAAAAGAAAUAAACCGGAUGACGGUUAUGGAGAAUUUGUAGAACAAAUCAUAGAUUAUGCUGGGAGCCUUCCACUAGUUUUAACAGUGCUUGGUUCGGAUUUAUAUGGCAAAAGAGAAAAAAGUGAGUGGGAAAGUGCAUUGGAUCAGUACAGGAAAAUCCCACACCAGGAUAUUCAAAAAAUACUUCAAACAAGUUAUGAUAGAUUAAGUGAAAAUGAAAAGAAUGUUUUUCUUGACAUUGCAUGCUUUUUCAAUGGACAACGGCUUCAUGGUGUCAUUAAGAUACUAGAUAGUUUUGAUUUUUACCCAAACUCUUGCAUCCCAAGACUUAAGGAGAAGUGCCUUAUUUCAGAGGAUUUGGACGGAAGAUUGCAAAUGCAUGACUUGUUACGAGAUAUGGGUAGAGAAGUUGUUCGAAAAGAAUCGCCAAAUCCAGGAGAACGUAGCAGAUUAUUCUUUCAUAAAGAUGUUCGCGAAGUACUGGAGGAAGAUAUAGGAACAGAAAGAGUUGAAGCAAUUGAUAUAGAUUUUCCUGAAGGUGAUGAUAUUAUCCACUUGAGUCCCGAUGCCUUCAAGAAUAUGAAAAGACUCAGACUAUUUAGAUGCGUCAAUGCACACUUUUCUGGAGAGCUUAAUUGUCUACCUAAUUCAAUAAGAGUGCUUGAUUGGCCUAAAUGUCCUUUACAAUCUAUGCCAUCUAAAUUUCGUGGGGACAAACUCUCUAUUCUACACAUGCCCCGUAGUCGCAUCCAGGAGAUACGCUUGGAAUUUAAGAAUCUCACAGUUAUGAAUUUCAAACGUUGUGAAUUCAUAACGAAACUCUCGCAUAUUUCAAGCUGCCCAAAUUUGAAGAAAAUAGAUCUUGGUUGUUGUAAAAAUCUAGUUGAAGUUCAUGAUUCUGUUGGAUUCCUUGAUAAGCUGGAUGAAUUGUAUCUUGAUAGAUGUGACAACCUAAAGAGCCUUCCAAGGGUACUCCAAUUGAAAUCUCUGCAAGUCCUUGAUCUUAGUAGUUGUUCAAGCCUUCAAAACUUUCCUGAAAUCGAAUGUGAAAUGAUACAUUUAAGCAAAGUCAUGUUAUCGGGCACCGCAAUAGAAGAAUUGCCUUCAUCCAUUAGGUACCUCACUGGGCUUAAAAGUUUAUACGUAAGUGGCUGCAUAAACCUUAAGCGUCUACCAAGUAGCAUUCAUCAGUUGAGAUCUCUUUGGUGGAUUGAGCUCAACGAUUGUCCAAAUAUUAUAAGUUUUGGGAUGGAGGAGGAGGUGCAUAAUGGACAACCCACAAAUUCAACCGCUUCUGAUUUUUAUUUAAUUCUUAGAUACUCUGGCCUAUCAAAAUUGAAUUUCUUGGGGCCAUUUCAUUUCUUUCCCAAUCUGAAAGGAUUAGAUCUAUCAGGCAGUGAUAUCGAAAGCAUUCCUUCAAGCAUCAAAACAUAUGUUAGAUUGUGUUAUCUUACAUUGAAUGAUUGCAAGCAACUUCAAGAAAUUAAAGAGUUUCCACCGAAUCUAUUUGAAUUAGAUGCUAGUGGAUGCAUAUCACUGGAAAGUUUACCAGAAAUAUCAAAAGAAUUCAAUUUCCCACGGCUAAAAUGGAUUAAAUUGGCUAGAUGCUAUAAAGUGAAUUUGGGAAAUUGGAUGUCAAAUCUUGCAUGGAUUCGAGCUAUGAUGAUAUUUCCGGGAAAGAAGAUUCCAGAUUGGUUCAGCCAUUACAAGGAGAUCACUUCAAAUAGUCAUCGGUGUGAAUUUGAUAUUAAAGUGGCCCCACCGUAUAAUUUGGAUGACAUCAUAGGAAUUGCUUUUUCAUGUGCUGUUAUUGAACCCGUUGCAACUAUUGAAUUGCGCUUUUGUCAUUAGUACCAACGCCUGUCGUUCUUUGGU